GCUUUUAGUUCUAACCAGCAGGGGGAUCACGUGGAGCAUUCCACUACCAAUUCACAUAUUGCUCCAAAUGAUGAGACAACAAUGGCAAAUGAUCACACACUGGAUGGGACACCUGGCUCGACAUCAGUUUCUCAUGGUGAAGGCAUGCAUGAUCGACGCAGCAACAAAACCCGGCAGAAACCGUUGUGGCAUAAAGAUUAUGUGAUGCAGGUCAACACUAUGAAAAUAGAUACUCCGCCUGCUGGACCCUCGCCUCCGACGGUUGACCCAGCCGUUUCAGCCAAUAGGGAACCCAACACAUACAAAGAAGCGGUUCGUGAUCCACAUUGGCGGGCAACCAUGCAGCGUGAAAUUGAGGCCUUGGAGUGGACCGGAACAUGGCAAUUACAAGACCUUCCACCUGGUAAGAAACCCAUUUUCUGUAAAUGGGUCUACAAAAUUAAAUUUAAGAGUGAUGGAAGCAUUGAUCCGUUCAAAGCCCGGUUGAUCGUGUGUGGUAACCGACAAGUUCAGGGUAUUGAUUAUGACGAGACAUUUGCACCUGUGGCUAAAAUGGUCACUGUACGGACCAUGCUAGCCAUCGCUGCUUCCCGGGAUCUUUAUGGAUGUGGAUAUUGCCUUCCUACACGGUGAUCUUCACGAAGAAGUAUACAUGCAUCCUCCUCCUGGUUAUUCUACUUCUAAACCUGGUCAGGUGUGUAAAUUACUUCACUCACUUUAUGGGCCCCGAUGUGGGUUUUCUAAGUUGACUGAUGCACUUAUCACAUACGGGUUUCAACAGUCUCAGGCUAAUUAUUCAUUAUUUACUCU